CCCAGUAACAGAUAAAAUCGUCAGCCAAUAACAGUCGUGCAGACGAGGCUUUAUGAGAGGUGACCUUGUGAACCGACGCAAGUCCGCACCACAGAUAAGGCAUGCAGUGUGAUAAAAAUAGACUGUCAACGUGACGGUGACGCGACUGACGUGCAAUCAUCAACAAACACCCGGUGAUGAAAUGGCGUCGCUGAAGUUAGAAGGUCCUACAUUAGGACAUAAACAUCGCAGUUUUAAUAAAUUAGUCCAAAAAUUUACCGCAAAUCAGACUAGGGACAACCUAGAAGACAAUCAUUUAAAGGAAAAUGAUAUACACAACUUAGUCAAGAUUGAUAUUGCCGGAGCAAAUAGGGAUGUACAUUACAUUCUGGAAAUUCUCAAGGGCAAUGACAUGUUGUACGUCUCACAUGCACUUAGGCGAAGUUCUUGGCUUAUGACCGAUGACACUUACGCCCAUAUUAUGAAUUCUGAAUACGUACAUGCAUGUCUCAUCCCGAACAUGAUGGCUAAAGCGGCUAGUAAGUUGAUGCUGCACAUAAGGCUCAACUUACGAGACGAGAAACGCGUCGACGAUUUCUUCAAUUACUAUGAACCCCAUGACCUGAAAACGGCCCUGAAGUGGCUGCCGCAUUGUUCUGUCGCAUUUAUGAAUACUAAAGUAGAAAAAUAUUAUAAUGACAUUGAUCCGUUACUACUGAAACGCCUUUGCGAGAAAUCAUACCAAAUAUUAAAAGUUUACCUAAAAAAACCUAUAAAGGAAUUUUACUAUCAAAAACAUGCCAAUGAAACCUUCAUUCGCAAAGGACUUCAGGCGACAAUAUUUUUAUUAAAUACGCAAUGGGAUUUUUACCUCGAUGUGAUAGAAAGUAUAAAAACCCAAGCAAAAUACACAAGACGAGAAUCAUGGAGAAUAAAUGUAAAUCGCGGGAAUCUAGCAUUGGAAAAAAAAUAUAAUGGAAAGCCCGUAUUUAACGUAAAGUUAACAAAACUAUUAAUGAAGACAUGUCCUGAACGAAUUAAACGAAACUUCUAUCAUUAUGGUAACAAUAUUCAUAUUCCCACAUUUGUUAAGUUCUUGGCAAAGUAUAAAAUUAGAGAAUUUUUGUUGUCACAAGCAAAUGACCCAAACCAAGACUUUGGUAAUACUUGGAUUGACUUCGACACGGUGCAGCAUUUCCUUAAAAGAAUGCCACGAGAAGAACGAAUCGAUUUCAUUAGAGGCAUAUUUUAUAAAUGGAUGUUUUGAUCGGGAAAAAGACAGUGAUUACGUGAAUAUGAAUGACCCUAAAGAUGUGGAGAAUGCUGGACUGAUAAGAUUGUAUAAAUACGUCAACUACCUUCGCUGCACUGGUGAUUUGUUGGACUGGUAUGAGUGUUUACCAUUAGACGUAGUUCUAACACAGUUUAAAAGAAGGAGACAUCCUGUCUAUAAUUAUCGGGACUUGCGCGGAAGGUUCGGAUUGCUUGUUCGCGCCCCUGAUCGCGAUUUGAAAAAUUUGGAAAUGUUGUUGCAAUAUUAUAAUGAUAAUCAUAAUCAAAAAGGACAAACUUGAAUUCAUUAAGAACUUAUUUUACCAACCUAUGACUUUAUGUUAUGACUCGAAGUGUUGGAGUCUAUUGAUGAACAUUUUUGAUACCAUGAAUCUUAACUACCAGGAGUUGGAAGGUAACGAAUUUGGCGGUAUCAUGAUAAAAGCUAUAAUUGUUCAUGAAGUGAUCAAUAAAAUGGAUGUACCUGAAAACCUAACUCGACAAGUAAUACGUCAAAGUACUUUCAAAGAAUACCAGAAAAAAUUGACUGUACAAGUACAAGAAUUGUUAUUUGACUACUUAUAUAAUAAUCUAGUUAAGGAAAUAGAACAACAAAAGUUUGAUAACCAUGCUUCCUUCGAAAAUAUUUAUAUACUUCAACAAAUGCUAACAUUAUUAAAUGACUGGCAAAAAAAUCUGGCAGACUAUCCACAUGUGUUGAGGAAAGUUAAAGAACUCAUCAAAGUUAAACGAGAUAGAGACGUAAAUGACGCGCUGUCAUGGAUUUACAACGUCAACAAAAGUUGGAGAAAACUUUUAUUUGAAGAAUCAAUUGUUUGGUGCGAGUCUGAGCGAGCAUGUAUCAAUGCGUUGAAACACGACCCAAGUUUACUGUCCCGGUACGAACACGUGGUAACAAGCAUGCGUUGUAACGAUGGAGUUUCUUUGCGGCAACUUCUCACAAAACUAAGGAUAUAUUGGGCUGAUUCAAUUGCCUUGAAUGGUCCCAAUCAUAUCGAGAGAAACUGUCUCAACCUUUCGGCCACAAAUCUGUAAUGCGAGGUUUGAGUAUUUUACUACCGCAACGUGACUCUCUGUUCUUAUCAGCGAAUAUAAACCGGAAGAAGCUAAUAUACACUGGGACAAGAAUAACGAAAUUCUAACAAGUUUGAGGAAGCACAUUGCGCAAAACAUGCAUUUCGCUCGCCCUCAGCCGACUCCUGAUGAUAUUUUUCUGUACGCUAAAGGGGACUAUUUGCAAUUUGCUCUUCCGUCUCUAAACGCCAUUCUCUCCAACAUGAGCCUCGUCCGUUUUACAGAGCUACUGCCCAAGUUAUUACACGCGCCGGUCUCAUUGCAGAAACAUGGUAUCCGUUGUGCUUUUGCAAAAAUGCAAAGCGAAGAUCUCCAAAGAAUUUUCGGCAACCAUUGGACAACUAUUAAAAAUUUAACGAUUCGAGCAGUUAUAUUUAAACUCACCUACGAAUUAAUGUGCAAAGAAAAAAAUCCAUCUAACAUUGAAAAUAUUUGGCGUCUGCUGACGGUUUUUAUUGACGCUCUAACUUUUGAGGAACAAAAUUAUAUACGAACUCCUAGGAGACAUUAGAAAUGUACCUUUAAGUGUAAGACCUGCCUAUGUGAUGAGAAGCUACAAGUUUAUGAAAGCUUUAUUUCCAAAGUCGGAUUUGGACAAAAGUAAAUACGAACAAACCCUAAAUUAUUUCAUAUUCGAAGCAGAAAUUCUAAUAGACUCGAUGGAACCAGAAUUCAUAACUGAGAUUGCACUAGAGUACUUUAGAACUCUCUCUACAAAAGAUAAGACAGAUGAAUUUGUUCCCAAUAAUUUGAUGCCUUUGUUAGCAUCAUUUGUAUGUUAUUCUGGAACUGCAGAAAUCCAAUUACAAAGAUAUGAAACAAUACUGUUGCCUUUAAUGAGGCAUUCGGUCGCUGUAUGGCGAUCAAAAGAUAAAAAUGAUAUUUUGAAAACUAAUUUUAAACAGCUGCUGAGCAUCCUGCGGCAAAAAUAAAGGAUCUAGUAGAGAAAGAUAAGAUCGUGCCUGUCGUCAUGUUUGAUAGUAUUGAAAAAGAACUCGAACAAUCGCUGGAUCCAAACCUCGUGUAUCUCACGCUAAGAGAAUGGAAACUAACAGUUGCGUUCGCACAACUCGUACAGGAAAACAAGGCGAAAGUCGCUUGCAGUGCGGACAGCAAACCUUGUGGGCUGACCUCGGCAAGGCAGUAGCUCCCCUAUUCGGGAAAAUAUGCCUCGACUUUCUGAAAGAGGACAUACGGGAGUUUUUCCCUAGCAUUGAAAAAUACUUUGCUGAGGCAUUGCAGGUCGUUUUGAAUGAUCUUAGAUUGAGAUUAACCAACGAGGAAAUUAUAGUAGAAAUUUUGAAAAACAUGCUGAGUGAGGAGCUGACGGAAUCUAUAUAUCAAAAAGAGGACCCAUUUCUGGAGUUGCACAAAACAAUUUUAUCUCAUCCCGCCUUGGAGGUAAAAAUGUUCUUUUACUAUAAAUAUGAUAAGUAUAGACACAGAGAUAUUUCCAUAGAGAGCGAUUCUGAAACACCGAACGAUGAUACCGACAGUGUCUCAGAUUGAUAAUCAUCAUCCCCCUUGCGUUAUCCUGGCAUUUGCCGCGGCUUAUGGGAGCCUGGGGUGACAACUAAUCAAAAGAUUUGGCGUAGGCACUAGUUUUACGAAAGUGAC